AUUUUAUGAAAAAUAAAGUAUAUAUAUUAGGCAGUAAAUAGUUUCUGUGGACUUGUGACUAGUAAAAGUUGUAACAAAUAAGGUAUUUGAAACAUAAUAAACUAAUAUAUAUUUUUCUUUUGUUUGGUCAAAGACAUUUUUGUUCAUCUUAUAUAUAAAAAGCAAAAAAAUCGUGUCAAUUUUCUUAGGUGUCAUACCAUACUGAGAGAUUUCCUUAGCUUUAUAUAUAGAUUUUGAGAGAAUUAUAUUGAAUCAAAAAUAGAAGAAAAUUUGACUGGCCCGUCGUAACGUAACGUGCAGAAACUUGGAUUAUAUAUUAAGUCCACAAGAAGAACACAAAGAUCACGAGAAACACUUGAAGAAUCCAAGUUACAAAAUAUGGUCAUGAUACUUCUCUUGUGCUUGAUAUUUUUCAUUACCAUUCUCUUCUUCAUAAAACAGAGGGCAUGGAAGAAAAGCAACACAAUUCCAUCGCCACCGGGACUUCCGUUGAUCGGAAACAUGCACCAGCUUGGCCAAUAUCCCCACCAAUCACUACGCUCCCUCAGCCAGCAUUACGGACCUCUCAUGCUCCUUCACUUUGGCACUGUCCCCGUUCUUGUAGCCUCUUCUGCGGACGCUGCUAGAGACAUUUUGAAGACGCAUGACCGGGUCUUUGCGAGUCGUCCACAUUCCAAAAUCUACGACAAGCUUCUUUACGGGAGCCGUAAUUUGGCCUCAGCCCCGUACGGAGAGUAUUGGAGACAAAUGAAGAGUCUGAGUGUCCUCCAUCUUCUCAGCAACAAAAUGGUACGAACCUUUCGAGACGUGAGAGAACAAGAGAUCAGUCUGAUGAUGGAAACGAUCCGGAAACAGAAUUCUUCCCCUAUAAAUCUAAGCAAGAUCAUGAUGACUUGUACUAGCGAUGUUAUAUGUAGAGUUGCUUUGGGAAGGAAAUACGGUGCUGAAACAGAUUUAAAAGAGUUGAAGGACAGGCUCGUGAGGCAAUUGGGUACGUUUACUUUCGGGAGUUUUGUACCGUGUCUUUCAUGGAUUGAUUGGAUUUGCGGUUUGGAGCGUCAACUGGAAAAGACGGCAAACGAUUUUGAUGAGAUAUUGGAGAAAGUUGUUCAGGAUCAUGAAGAUGGAGACGGUGGUAAGGCUGAUUUCGCAGAUGUUUUACUCACCCUUCAGAGAGACAAGAGUGUGGGGUUUGAGGUCAGCCGAAUGAGCAUAAAGGCAAUCAUCUUGGAUGCUUUUGUGGGUGGUACAGACACGUCCUCCACGCUUUUGGAAUGGGAAAUGUCAGAGCUGUUAAGUCACCCAGAGUGUCUGAAAAGACUUCAAGAAGAAGUACGUACCGUUAGUAAAGGAAAAUCAAGCGUAUCAGAAGACGACAUCCAAGACAUGUACUACUUAAAAGCUGUGAUCAAAGAGACACUCAGGCUACAUCCUCCAUUUCCAUUGACGGUUCCUCAUGUAUCAACAGAAGAUGUCAACCUAAGAGGUUACCACAUACCAGCCGGCACACAGGUUAUGAUCAAUCUUUAUGCGGUCGGGAGAGAGGUUGCAACAUGGGGACCAGAUGCGGAUGACUUUAAACCGGAGAGGCAUUUAAAUUCGUCUGUUGAUUUCUUAGGCCAGGAUUUUGAGCUGAUUCCGUUUGGAGCAGGGAGAAGAAUGUGCCCAGGGAUAUCGUUUGCUGCAAUGUUGAAUGAGGUGGCUUUGGCUAACUUAAUGCUUGGAUUUGAUUGGCAGUCCACAGAAGAUCAGACAGAGAAUAAUGUUCCUGAAUCAAUCGGUGUUGUGAUUCGCCGCAUGUUCCCUCUUAUCGUCACUGCGUCUCCUGCUACUUGAUUAAGGCAUUAUAUAUGAUAAAUGUCUACUGUUAUGUUAUGUUUACAAAUAGAAAUUGUUCUCUCAUAUGAACGUUGCACUACUAAAGAGAUUUUUAAGAUUUAAGGUUUUGAGUUUCUAUAACUAAUUAAGAACGCCAAGUGAGCUUGCUUAAUUAUAUUUGUUGUUCGGUACAACUGGAUGUCAUGAUUCCCUUUCAAUUGUCGUCACGGCUGGUUAUGCAUUUAUUUGAAACAACGCAAUAACUCACUGAACAAGCAAUGUUAAAAAGGAACAUCAAACGAAUCCGAUAUUUGGAAUAUGCGAAGUUGAGUUUGGAGUAUGGACAAUAGGAUUUGAAGUUUGGAUUUAAGGUAUGGAAUUAAGGUUUUAAAAUUAGAAUCGAAGUUAUAAUCUUGUACAAGUGUUGGAUAUAAGUUUUAGGUACAUUAUUAUAGUAUUUAUAUAUUACUUAAAAGUUUACCGUUUAAUAUCUAUGAUUUAAAAAAUGGAGUUUUGAAUAUCGUGGAGUUUAGGUUUAAGAUCUUAAAUUAAUGUAUGAAAUUUUAAAUUUGAGUUUUAGUUGGAAAGCUUGGAUGUGUGUUUCACCUUACUCUAAACUCGAUUCAAAAAUCCGGCUCAAUAGUCUGAAGGUCCAGUCCACUAGGAUGACGCCC